AUGGGUUCCGGUACGGGCAGCGCCGGCCGGGACCGGGACCGGGAUCGGGAUCGGGACAGGGAUCGGGACAGGGAUCGGGACAGGGAUCGAGAUCGGGACAGGGACAGGGACCGGGAGCGCUCCGGGAGCCGCGGAAGGCGCCGGCGCAGCCGGAGCCGCAGCCGCAGCCGCAGCCGCAGCCGUAGCCGGGAGCGCCGCCGGGAGCCGAGCUCAGGCUCCGACUCCGGGGGCGAGAGACAGAAAUGGAAGAAGAAAAAGAAGAGCAGCGGCAGCCGGGACCGGGACCGGGACCGGGACCGGGAGCGGGAGCGGGAGCGGGACCGGCCCCGUAAGGAGCGGAGGAAGCAUCGCUCGCGGUCCCGGGGCCGCUCGUCUGGCUCCAGCCCCGAGCGCGGCCGGAGCCGGGAGCGCAGCCGGGAGCGCCGCAGGAGAAGGGAUGGAUCCAAGUCCUCCGUGUCCUCCGUCAGCUCCGCGUCCCCGGCCCGGCCCCGCGGCCGCGAGGAGCCCGAGCAGACCCUGAGCCUGCAGGAGCGGCUGCGGCUCCGGGAGGAGAAGAAGAAGCAGGCGGCGCUGCUGAAGGCGCUGGAGACGCCCGAGGAGAAGAGGGCCAGGAGGUUGGCCAAGAAGGAGGCCAAGGAGAGGAAGAAGCGGGAGAAGAUGGGCUGGGGGGAGGAGUACAUGGGAUACACCAACACCGACAACCCCUUCGGGGACAACAACCUGCUGGGCACCUUCAUCUGGAGCAAGGCACUGGAAAAGAAAGGGAUCAGCCACCUGGACGAGAAGGACCUGAAGGAGAGGAACAAGCGAAUCCAGGAGGACAAUCGUCUGGAGCUGCAGAAGGUGAAGCAGCUGCGCCUGGAGCGGGAGCGGGAAAAGGCCAUGCGGGAGCAGGAGCUGGAGAUGCUGCAGCGGGAGAAGGAGGCAGAGCACUUCAAAACCUGGGAGGAGCAGGAGGACAACUUCCACCUGCAGCAGGCCAAGCUGCGCUCUAAGAUCCGGAUUCGGGAUGGGAGGGCAAAACCCAUCGACCUCCUGGCCAAGUACAUCAGUGCCGAGGACGACGACCUGGCCGUGGAGAUGCACGAGCCCUACACCUUCCUGAACGGCCUCACCGUGUCCGACAUGGAGGACCUGGUAGAGGACAUCCAGGUGUACAUGGAGCUGGAGCAAGGGAAGAACGUGGAUUUCUGGAGGGACAUGACCAUCAUCACGGAGGACGAGAUAGCCAAGCUCCGCAAGCUGGAGGCCUCUGGGAAAGGGGGCCCAGGGGAGCGCCGGGACGGUGUCAACGCCUCGGUGAGCUCGGAUGUGCAGUCGGUGUUCAAGGGCAAGACGUACAACCAGCUGCAGGCGCUGUACCAGGGCAUCGAGAGCAAGAUCCGAGCGGGAGGGCCCAACCUGGACAUCGGCUACUGGGAGAGCCUCCUGCAGCAACUGAAGGCUUACAUGGCUCGGGCCAGGCUGCGGGAGCGGCACCAGGACGUGCUGCGGCAAAAGCUCUACAAGCUGAAGCAGGAGCAGGGUGUGGAGAGUGAACCGCUCUUCCCCAUCAUCAAGCAGGAGCCAGCCUCCCCCAGCGACAGGCUGGAUCCUGAGGAGAGCCUUGAGGCACAGCCAGGGCCAUCCUCGGAGCCGGAGGCGGAGCAGGACACGGAGGCCAAGGGCGAGGGGGAAGGGGAGGCCGUGCUGAUGGAGGAGGAUCUGAUCCAGCAGAGCCUGGACGAUUACGACGCGGGCAAGUACAGCCCCCGCCUGCUGGGCCCCAACGAGCUGCCCUUCGACGCCCACGUGCUGGAGGCCGAGGAGGACACGCACCGGCUGCUGCUCCUGCGCCAGCAGCUCCAGGUGACAGGCGACGCCUCGGAGAGCACCGACGACAUCUUCUUCCGCAAGGCCAAGGAGGGCAUGGGCGCGGACGAGGCUCAGUUCAGCGUGGAGAUGCCGCUCACGGGCAAGGCCUAUCUCUGGGCUGACAAGUACCGGCCGCGCAAGCCCCGCUUCUUCAACCGCGUCCACACGGGCUUCGAGUGGAACAAGUACAACCAGACCCACUACGACUUCGACAACCCGCCCCCCAAGAUCGUGCAGGGCUACAAGUUCAACAUCUUCUACCCCGACCUCAUCGACAAGCGCUCGACACCCGAGUACUUCCUGGAGGCCUGCCAGGACAACAAGGACUUCGCCAUCCUGCGCUUCCACGCGGGGCCGCCCUACGAGGACAUCGCCUUCAAGAUCGUCAACCGGGAGUGGGAGUAUUCCCACCGCCACGGCUUCCGCUGCCAGUUUGCCAACGGCAUCUUCCAGCUCUGGUUCCACUUCAAGCGUUACCGUUACCGCCGGUGA